AUGCAAACGGGCAAGAUUAUCGAUCAUAUCGUUAAAUGGUUAAAAGAUUAUGCAGUACAAAAUUCAUACAUUAAAGGUUUUACGGUCGGAAUUUCGAAUGGUAUUGAUUCAUCUGUUGUAUCAACUUUAUGUGCUCGUACUGGAUUACCUUUACUUGCUCUUGAAUUACCAAUUAAUCUAUCGAAAACUAAAGAAAAUCGUAAAUCGAUUCAUGUAGAAUGGCUAAAAAACAAAUAUGGUAAUGAUCAGAUACGUUCAAUGAAUAUUAAUUUAACAGAAGCUUAUAGCAAAUUAAAAGAAACAUGUACAAGAUUACAAUCGAAUGAUAAAACUGAAUUAGCACUUGCUAAUGUACAAUCACGAAUACGAAUGACUACUCUUUAUUAUUUUGCUCAAGUAAAUGGACAUCUUGUAGUUGGUACUGGAAAUAAAGUAGAAGAUUAUGGUGUUGGUUUUUUUACUAAAUAUGGGGAUGGUGGUGUCGAUAUCAAUCCAAUUGGUGAUCUUCUUAAAUCUGAAGUUCGUGCAUUAGCUCGUGAAUUAGAUAUAGAUCAAUCUAUUAUUAAUGCACCACCAACUGAUGGUCUUUAUGGUGAUAUGCGUACAGAUGAAGCACAAAUUGAAGCUACAUAUGAUGAACUUGAAUGGGCAAUGAAACAAUAUGAAACAAAAUAUGAUAGUGAACAAAUGACUGAACGAGAAAAAAAAGUUAUGAAUAUUUAUUCACAACGACAUCAAGCAAAUACACAUAAAAUGAAAGAAAUUCCUAUUUGUAUUAUACCAAAAGAAUUUAAACAAUUAACAUAG